GGUCCGUACCAUCCUCCCACCGGGCUACAAAGUCCUUUCCAAAACCACCUGACCCAACAUCAUUGAACCCCACCAGGGAACCCGGUUGGGUUUCCAUGUUGCUUCUCUGGAGGGAGGUAUUAUUUUUCCUCUUCGCCCCCUCCUUAUUGAAAUCUGUAAAAAGUUUCAUAUUUUGCCCGGUCAACUUACUCCAAACGCUCACCGGUUCUUAAAUUGUUUUGUUAAUAUCUGUGAAAAUCUGAAAAUCAACCCUUCCCUUGAGCUUUUCCUCCACAUGUACGAAGUCUUGCCCGGGACUAGUAACUACCCGGGCUUCGUCUAUUUCCAUUCCCGUAAUAAGAGGGGGUUUGUGACCGGUCUUCCCCCCAGCCAUAAGAGAUGGAAACAAAGAUUCGUUUUUAUUGAGUUUCCCUUUGACCAAUUUCCUUUCACUAACCCUGAGUGGGCUGACCGGGUAAUAAAACUUGAAAGGGUCCACCCGGAGCCUACCCCUGAGCUUGAGGAUGCCUGCGAGAAACUUCUCAAGGGUGAUCCUGUGACCGGUAAGCCAUACGCCUACGGUGGAUGGGUAUACCGGUUACCUAACCCGGAUGGGGGUGAAUCUGCGACCCAUGACGCAGAAGAUGACCGGGCAAACUCCCCGGAUGGUCAUGCUGAGGCCAGUUCUCCUCUCCUCGUCCAGGUCGAUCAUCUUCUCUUAAACAUGAACUUCAACAGGAUGUCCACCAUCAUCGAAGAUGACGACGAUGAUGUUGAAGUCCUCCACUUCAACCGGUCUUCCACUAAUAACCAUCCUUUCCCUCCUCAAAAUCCUGGAGUUGAAGGGGUUUCAACUGCCCGGUGCUCUUCCUUUGACGAUCUCAUUCGAGAUAAGCAGGUGAAGUCACCCUCAGCCCUCCAUUUCUCCGAAGGCGACCGAGUUGAAUCCCAGCCUAAGGAGGUCGGCCAUUCUUCUUCCCAUGCUAAGGGUCAGAAAAGAAAAGGGUCCCAAAAGAGCUCCAAGGGGGACAAGAAGAAGAAGGUCAGGUUAUCAGAUAGGGAGGGGGAAUCCAUCGAAGAAACCUUCCUAUCCCUGGCCAAAAAACUCAACAAGGCCGGGGUUAUCUCAGAAGAGGUUGGCCAAUCACUUCUGGAGCCAAAGGACCAGGUCUCUCAGCUGAACCUCCUGCUUGAUUCUGCUAAGUUGGAGAUUAAUGACCGGGCAAAAAGGGAGAGGAGGCUUGAGGAAGAGUUGAAGGAAGAGAGGUCCAGGUUAGAGGAGGAAAGGAUCAAAUUAGAGGAAGAAAGGGCCAAGUUGGUGGAGGAGAAGAGGAAGGUGGCCGAGCUGGAAGAUGCUUUGGCCCAACCCAAAGAAACUACCCGGUCAAAGGAGGAGGCAUUCCCCAUUGAAGCUGCUGGCUGGGCUGCGCGCAAUCACUUGGAAGUAGCCCGGUCUAUACUCACUGCACCGGAGGAGACCAUGGAUUUCUUCAAGACCAUGUACAAAGAACCGGAGGGCAAGAGGAUGAUAACAGAGAUCGGUUCAUACGGCUUCCAAUGUGGGCAGAAGGAUGAGAGGUCCCUUCUUUAUGCCAGACUUCAGAAGAGGGACCCUUCCUUUGACCCGGCCAAGAUGAAGCUUCCGGCUUUGUACGAGGAAGUGCCAACUCCCCCCUUUCCCCUAGAAUAGGUUAGGGUUUGGUUUGAAAAAACUUUGAAUUUUCCCAAGGCCUGGGGGAUGUCCGGCCUACUUCUGACUUGUGUAAUAUUAUCUUUUGUUUGGCAUGGUUUUCAAUUUACCGGCUUGUUUCUUCUUUCAGUUUGCAUGGUUUGAUUCCUUUUUCUCGCUUGCUCAUCCUUUCCUGCAUGGUUGUUUUCCU